GAAGGACUAGCAGCAAACAGAAGGACUAUCAGCAAACAGAAGGACUAUCAGCAAACAGAAGGACUAGCAGCAAACAGAAGGACUAGCAGCAAACAGAAGGACUAUCAGCAAACAGAAGGACUAGCAGCAAACAGAAGGACUAUCAGCAAACAGAAGGACUAUCAGCAAACAGAAGGACUAUCAGCAAACAGAAGGACUAGCAGCAAACAGAAGGACUAGCAGCAAACAGAAGGACUAUCAGCAAACAGAAGGACGAGCAGCAAACAGAAGGACUAGCAGCAAACAGAAGGACUAGCAGCAAACAGAAGGACGAGCAGCAAACAGAAGGACUAGCAGCAGCAAACAGAAGGACUAGCAGCAAACAGAAGGACUAGCAGCAAACAGAAGGACUAUCAGCAAACAGAAGGACUAGCAGCAAACAGAAGGACUAUCAGUGUAUUUGUUUGUGUUGCGUGGACUCAGUCGGAGAGGGAAGUCCACAGCAGAUGGACCUCACCACCUGCUUGGGCGGCGAGGCCGCGGACGACAACACGUCCUUUAUAUACCUCAAGUGCAGCUCUGAAGACGAUCCUGAGAAAAACUGUACUCCACUCCCUCUGCCCACUUACACCCUGAGGAGGGAGGAGUUCAAGAGGUUCUUCAAGGAGGUACCGGACUCUGAGACACUUCUUGUGGACUACCCGUGUGCCCUGCAGAGAGACAUCCUCCUUCAGGGACGUCUUUACCUCACAGACAACUGGCUCUGUUUCUACAGCAACGUGUUCCGCGGCACCAAGUUCACUCUUCUCCUCAAAGACAUCGUGCAACUGACCAGGGAAAAAACUGCCCGUCUGAUUCCCAACGCCAUGGUUGUCCGCACCACAUCGGAGAGGCUCUUCCUCACUUCCUUCUCAGCGAGAGACAAAAGCUACAAGGAAAUCUUCCGGAUGUGGCAGAACGCACUGAUGGACCAGCCGCUGAGCCCCAAAGAGUCUCUUCAGAUGGUCCAACAGCAUUAUGGCACUGACCUGGGUCUGAGCCAUGAGGAGAUGGAGACCUUGCGCUUUUCUGCUGAAUCCAGCAUGCAGAGCAGCGUGGCUGCGAGGUCUGCUGGUGGCGAUACCACCUUGGCCAGGUCCGACACCUCCAGCCCUCAGGACAAGGACUUUCCCUCACCAAGUGACUCACGCAAGGUCACCAUUGAGAACGACCAUCCUCGCACUUCUCUGGAUCUCGUCACACCAGAGCGAGGCUCCAAGCGCCGCUCUCCUGCUCCUGAGCGCAGCACCACUGGUGAGCGAGGCUCCAAGCGCUGCUCUCCUGCUCCUGAGCGCAGCACCACUGGUGAGCGAGGCUCCAAGCGCCGCUCUCCUGCUCCUGAGCCCAGCACCACUGGUGUGUCAGAGGACAGCGUGGACGAAGAGGAAGGAGUGGUCCUGCCGCAGGAAGAGGGCCGGCGCUACCUCAACAGAGUCUUCCAUGUGAGUGCCAGCCGGAUGUUCCAGCUGCUCUUCAGCGACUCUCCCUUCAUCCGCAGCUUCAUGAGCGUGCGCAAGAUAACCGAGCCCACCUUCACAGAGUGGCAGAAGAACCCGGCGGGGAACUCUGAGAGGAUCCUGAACUACACCAUCACCAUCAGCAACCCUCUGAUUGGCAAGUUCUCCACGGCGACGGAGAAGCAGACGCUCUACAAGGACUCGCAGGAUGGUCACUAUUACCUGGUGGACUGUGAGGUGUACACGCACGACGUGCCCUACAGCGAGUACUUCUACACCCACAACCGAUACUACAUCCGACGCCACUCCAAGCACAAGUGUCGCCUGACGGUCUUCACCGACGUCAAGUACAAGAAGCACCCCUGGAGUCUCAUCAAGUCUUUCAUCACCAAGAACUCCUGGAACGGGAUUGAAGAUUACUUUCGAGAACUGGGUGAGCAAAGUUGACGUCGACCAAUAAUCUCCAUUUUGAU